GCGAAAGAGCGAGGCAGUAGGUAGGACAGAGCCAUAGUGCGUUGCUCGGCUUUAGCACACGCGCAGCGGGAAAGCUAGCUGAUUGUUCCGGACUGCGGCGAUCUAUCGGAUGAUAAAAUAAAUUAAUUAAUACAUAAAAAACAGGAUUAAAAGCUUUUUCCUCCCCUUCUCUCCUUUUUCUACAACUCAACUUCGGCUAAUUUAACAAGCUCCAUGUCCCGGAAGUGAACUCAGAUAGGACGGCUUUCACUGACUGGUUCAGCCGGAGCGGACUCUAGGCGUGCAGCAGGGCUGAAAGAUGUGCGAUGGGAUGGCCACGCGUUCACACGCUCUGGUGAUCGUGGCACUGCAGCUACUCCUCUUCCUCACCGCGCUCCCCGCAGGCCAGGCCUCAGGUUGCUCCAGGCCCUCAGCAGUGCUGCAUGGCCGAGUAAACCUCACCGAGACCAACCGCGGCUCCUUCCCCGUAGGCACAGUGCUGCAGUACAGCUGUGAUUCAGGAUACACGCUGAGCGGCGAGAGCGUCAUCACGUGCACCGCACUCGGACGCUGGUCCUCCAUCACGCCGCACUGCCUCAAAAAUGACGUGUGCCGUCCCCCCAGCGAGCCGGAGAAUGGGGGCUACAUGUGCCACCCCUCACCCUGCCACAGUCUGACUGAAGGCACAGUGAUCGAGUAUUUCUGCGAUGAAGGCUACACGCUGAAAGGAUACAGGUACCACACGUGCAGGAACGGAGACUGGGACUCUGCAGCGCCCAUCAUCUGUCACCUGGGACAAGGGAAGGAAGAGCGCUCUCCUCUGGGUAUGCCAGCUCUCUCUAUCGUGGCCUCCACUGCCAGCUCCGUGGCCCUCAUCCUGCUGCUGGUCGUCCUCUUCGUCCUGCUGCAGCCCAAACUCAAAUCCAUCCAUCACAGCAGACGUGAGCAGGGUGUCUGCGGCCAGGCCGCCUCCAUCGUCGUAGAGGGAGUUCAGGUCUCGCUUCCUUCUUACGAGGAGGCGGUGUACGGCAGCGGCGGAGCAGCCGCUCCUCCCCCGGAGUCCCGUGUGAACAUCGUGCUCUCCGAGGGGCCUCAGACGGAGCCUCCUGCUUCAGAGCUCAGCCAAUCCCGACCUGAGCACAGCCUCCCCUCCACCUCCACCGCGGCACGCUCCUGUCACGCCGAGACCGUGCUCGUUCACCAGGACCCCUCCUCCUCCUCUCCGUCCUCCUCCUCCUCCUGCACCUGGGUGUCGGAGCAGCGCGGGGCGGCGGGAGCAGGAGCGCGUAGGCCGAGCAGCACGAGCAGCGACCAGCACAGCCUGCUCUCGCUCACCUCCGUAGAGGAAUAUGGAGACGAUAUUCCUCUGCUGAAGGAGGCCUGAGAGCACAGCGUCCUCCCGUGUGCGGACGAUGACCAGGACUGUGGCUCCUUAAGCUUUUUACCAAACCCUUCUUCCCCCAUUGCUGCCGUACAGAACGCAGGAGUAACCAAACGCCCCUCCGUUGACCUCUCCGCUUCACCUCUCUACAAACUCUCUGAGCCGCACCGGCACCGCGUAAUCGCUCGUCCUCGCCUCGCCUCACUGUAGAACACCGCCACACGCUCCCACCUUCUCCCUCAAAGACGACCGCACAGAUGCUGUAGAAUAUAUAGAAUUAUGUAUAGCGCGUCCCUACGGGCUGAAUAACACGUUUAUAAACGCCACCUGUUCCCCAGCCGUGUACUAACCAGCAGUUGCACUUCAUCUUCUCAUAGCUGUCGCAAAUCACGAACGCAUCCGAUCGGUUUCUGUGUGAACGGCGAACCUCUGGUCGGUCAGUGACCGUGACCGUUUACUCAAUCAGGUGUUUGUUUGUUUUUGGGGUUUUUUUUGUUUGUUUGUUUUGUUUUAAAAUGCUGCAUGAUCUGUGCAUCUGUAUUUUUUUAUUUUUUUUUUUUCUUUCCUCCCCCAAACUAGCGCACACGUAAGAACGCGCAUGCUGCACAGGAUGGAUGGACAGGAGCGAGAUACAGAGAUGAACUGGUUUACAUAGUACUGUAUUCAAAGACAUGCUUGCCUUUCUGUUCGCUGCAAACUCUGUGUGUGUGUGUGUGUGUGUGUGUGUGUGUGUGUGUGUGUGUGUACGCGUUUCUCUGAACGAAGAGGGCUCAAAUGUGUCAACUUUUUUUUUUAUUCCAUUUCUCAUUUUAACUCCGCUUAGGAUUGUUAUUUUACCUCCCGGUUUUCAACCGAGAGACUAUCACGUAUCGGAUCAUAUCGCAGGACAAGUCUGUCCGCUUUUAAACGUCUCUGGGUCGUCCUGUACUAAAUAAACAAUGAUAAAUUAACAACGCUCUUAAAACGUGAAGCGGCAGACAGAUGACUAGUUCACGCGCCGAGCUGUAUAGCCGUCAGGUUUGUUUGUUUGUUUGUUUGUUUUUACUUCAUCAAAGAGUAGAAAACGUCUACUUCUCAAACGCUCCCACCCUGUCGAGGAAUUUCACAAGAGCGUGUGAAACGUUUGGCGUGUUUUUGAACGACGAAUCCCAACAGCGUAGUCCGAAAUGAAACCGCGGAGCUUGUCCGGUCCGCCUUCGGCGAAAAGGACACGUUUUGAUAUGGCGUUUUUGUUUAAACACAGCACGCUCCAUUUGGACCAAGCUGCUGCGUUACGCUCGAAACCAGUGACCGUUGAUGAUGGGAACUCUUUUUACCAGCUGAUCUUUAUCAGCUCGGACGGACGCCGGACAAUAUUUCCCCAGAAUGUAGAAACCAGGACAACUGAGCAGAAUACUGUUGUUGGGUUUUUUUUGGUUUUUUUUUUACGUGCAAUGAUCGAGUACUACAUCAUCAUCAUCAUCAUAAAGCCAUGAGACGUGAUCAGGAGAGGAUGAAGACUAAAGCUACAUAAAACUGCUUAUCUUCCAUCAUCUGUAUUAACGCACAUAAUUAUACCGUCACGCUUUUGAGUUAAAUCCCGCCCAGUUACGCUUUACACACCGACGUUGCUAAUAAAUUUAUAAUUUGCCCAAACCUUGAACAAAUCCUACUCGAAGUAAGCGUUUUUUUAGUGAUUAUUUUUGCAGCCAGAAGCAGCUCUUGGUCGCGUAUGUGCGUUUUUGCAUGCACGUUUAAUUGCAGUCGCUAUUUACUGAUUCGACAAAUUGGUAACGAACAAAUCCGUCAUUACGUGUCCUGAUAUUUCGGCUUGCCCGAGUCCAGAUAAGCGAGGGUCGGGUCCGUGUGGUCAGACAUCCUUUUUUUAGUUUAGUGUUUUUUUGUUUUGUUUUUUUCUGCAAAAUUGCUCACCGAAAUCAAAGCCGAGCUUUCGCCUUAACAAUCUUGUACGUUUCGUUAUUUCUGUAAUCAUGUUUCUUCCAUCACGGUGUCGAAUCGUCUUCAGUUUACGUUUUAUUUUCCUAUGCAUAAACGAGUCUUACGGCUUUUUCGGACGGUGUCGGGUUCUUAGUUCUUCGACGCCGUUUUUUUUCCCCCCCAGUCGGUGACUUUGAUCUCUGAAGUCCGCUGCAGGUCUAAAGUCAUACUUUCAGUUGUUGUACUUUUAAAAAAAGAAAAAAGAAAGAAAGAAAGAAAAAGAAAUCCUCGACACCAUUGUAUGGUGUUACCCAUCUCAUCUUACCCUUUUCAAAAAAAAAAAAAAAAGAAUUUUCUUCUCUGUACAUUGCAGUGGGUGUGAAGAUAGAAUUUUAAUAUUUGUAUAAAGUUUAAUUUAAUUCUACAGUUUGUGUGUGUAUAUAACUAUUUCUAAUUAAAGCUUUUCUUUUAAAGUGCA